AUGACGGCAACUGUACUUAAACCGGAAGAGCUUCGUGAACAAGGAAAUCAGGCAUUUAAACAAGGAAAAUAUCAAGAAGCUAUCGAUCGAUACACAGAAGCAUUAACUAUUCUACUUGAACUUCCUUUAUCUGAAACAGCGAAAAACGAUCUCACGAAAUGUUACAGCAAUCGUUCGCAAUGUUAUAUCAAUUUAAAUCAAUAUGAAGACGCCAUCGAAGAUGCAACACGAGCGUUGGAAUAUACGCCAGCUGAUCAGAAAUCGUUAUAUCGUCGAGCGAAUGCAUUUGAACGGUCAGGAAAAUUGAAUGAAGCUAUUUCGGAUGCACAACGAUUGAUAUCUAUUGCACCGAAAAAUGGUUCCGGAGAUGAACAAACGAAUCUUCUUCUGAGGAAGUUACGUGAAAAUGCACAGAGCAAACAUACGCAACAAACACAAUUAACAUCUCAAAUCCAACAGAUGUUCAAAGCUGUUCGAUCCAACACGAAUCCAGAAGCAGCGUUGAAUAAUCUCCUUGUUAUCUCACGUGAAGAUGCUGGUGCAGAGGGAAUUCUAAAUUUUGAUCCAGAAUUAAAACUUAUCAUAGAAUUUAUGCAACAAACCGAGCGCAUUAUCCUUCUAGGCACAACACGAGUGUUAGCGUCCUUAGUCAAAAAUUCCUAUAAACGAGCGGAACUUAUUUAUCUGAAACUUGGUCUUCCAUCUAUUGCACGCUGUUUAGCUAUGAGCGAUGCUGAUAUUCCUGCGAGUGCUGCUGUAUUGCUUCAUAAUAUGAUCAUGUCAAUGUGCGAUCUUGAGAAUCGUCGAAAAAUUCGUAAACCUACCAAUGUUCCAUUCAAUUUCGAUCAAUCGGUGAUUGAGUUUAUUAACAAUACAUUUCGAAUGUUGAUUGGCUUAAUUGAUGAUAAAACCUGUUCUGGUAUUGGUCGCGAUUGUUGUCUUGAUCUUGUGGUGAAAUUUGUCGAUCGAGCAAACGGCUGUAACUGGGUUAAUAAAUUUGUUGUUUCCGGUGUUCCAAAAGUUUUACGCGUUGCAUCAACUGUUCCAGAUUUAACAGACAAUGAUAUAAAACCAUAUCCAAUCACGGAACAAACGAAAAUGCAUGUCUCCUGUGUGCUCAGCGUUGUCUAUCAUGAUUUAUGUUCUGAUCAAGAACGUGAAGAAUUCAAUACUGAGUGUAUGGAAUUCAUCAAAGCUUUGCGAGCAAAGGAUGAUGUUCAAUCAAGAGUGCGAACAAUCUCUGUUCUAGCCGUUCUUUUACAAGGUCCUUUUGAUACGGGCAAUACUAUUCUAGGCAGUCAGAAUUUAGUCGAUCUAAUGAUACAAAUGGCUGGUUCUGAUGACGUUGUACAGCAACGUAUUGCUGUGGAAGCGAUUGUUCUAUCAGCAUCGAAGAAAGAUAAAGCAGCAGGUAUUUUAUCGCAAGGCGCUGAUAUUUUGAAGAAUCUUUACCAAUCGGCAAAUGAAGAUAUUCAAGUUCUUGCUCUUGUGGGUCUGUCAAAAAUCGCAUCGAGUAAGGGUACAGACGUCAGUGGGAGCAUCGUAGCAGAAGGAUCUUGUCAAACACUCGGCCGUGCAUGUUGCAAAUUUCUAACAACAAGCGACCGUUUUGAUAUUCGCCGUUGGUCAGCAGAUGGCUUGGCUUAUUUGACACUAGAUGCCGAUGUCAAAGAAGAUCUUGCUGAUAAUUCACUCGCUUUGAAAGCUCUCUUUAGUUUAUGUCAAUGUCAAGAUGCACAUGUUUUGUAUUCGUUAACAACAAUUUUUGUGAAUCUUACCAAUACGUAUGAUGUUCAUAAACCAGAUAAAGAAAUGACUGAAUUAGCAACGUAUGCUAAACAGCACAUUCCAAAAGAACAUCUAAAAGAUGAAAAGAGUUUUUUUGACGAACGCCGAAGAAAACUAGUCGAAGCAGGUGUCAUUCCGGUGUUAGUGCAAUUAUGUAAGCAUAAAAGUGAAAAUUGUCGAGAACAAAUCGCACGAGUAUUCCUUGGUCUUUGCGAGAAUGAAAAACAUCGGGGAGUUAUCGUUGCUGGCGGUGGCGCAAAAGCUUUAUUACCACUGGCUCUCGAAGGCACGCCUACUGGUAUAACCAAAGCCACGCAAGCAUUAGCAAAGAUUUGUAUUACAACAAAUCCAGAAAUCGCUUUUCCUGGCCAACGUAUGCUCGAACUUGUUCGGCCUAUUAUUAAACUUCUCAAACCUGACCGUACAGCUCUGGAAAAUUUCGAAGCUUUGUUGGCAUUGACGAAUCUAGCGAGUAUCGGCGAGAGCAUCAGACGACGAAUUUUGAAAGAAGAUGGUUUCUCCAACGUCGAGCAAUACAUGUUUGAAGAACAUCCCAUGUUGCGACGGGCAGCUACUGAAUGUAUGUGCAAUUUAGUUGUCCAAGAAGAAGUGGUAAAAUACUUUACAGCAGAAAAUGACCGAAUUAAAUUAUUGGUUUUAUUAUGUGGCGAAGAAGAUGAAUCGUUGAUAAGGGCAGCCUUGGGAACAUUAGCUGUUCUAUCGUCCCUACAAGCCGAUAUUGAAUGUAUCAAAGAUCUGAAUUUAGAAGAUGGCGAACGGCAACGGUUGAACAAUCUGAUCAAUGAAAAUCGAAUCAUUUGUCGAAAGAUACUUGAUGUCCAAUCAUUUGCCGAAAUAUUUAAACAUUUGUGUGCGUGUAAUAAUGCUGAUUUACAAUUUCGUGCUCUCUACAUUGUGCGCAACAUCGUCCAAGCGAACAAAGACCUCGCCACGCGAGUAGUUGAAACCGAUUUAAUGGACAUUUUAUUUGCAAUGAAAGAAAUAAAAGAUGAAACUCUAGUCAAUGAAAAGAAUCAAAAACUUGCUUCGGAUAUUGUUCAACUUUGUUUAAAAUAUGGUCUUAUCCAACGAAAUAAAGAUCAAACAAAAUGA